UUCUUGCUUCACAAUUCUACCAAUUUCUAGACCAGCCAGUACACAGAAGCAUUCACAAGAAAAAAGAUGAAAGUUUGGAUUCUUUUGUUCAGUUUGUUGGCGACAACGUUCGCCUACAGAAUAACAGUGGAAGAUGAAAGCGAACUUUGUGAUGAAGGCACCGAAAUGGGUGACGAUGGGGGAUUCGAUGACAUGGAUGACGGUGGAGGUUUUGAUGAUGAUUCAGAUACUACCGUAGCAGACGUAACAGAUUCCCUACGUAUACUAGCCGAUAUCUUUACUGAAUUGAAGAAAACUGAAGAAGCGAAAGUAAUAACACAGGCUGCAGAUACCAUUGAUGCUGUUGUUAAAGAAGGUGACAAAGAACUUGAAGACAAAUUGAACAAAGAACUAAAAGCAGCAGAGGAAGAAAGUAAGACAGAACUGGAUAGCGAAAGCAAGGCCUUGGACGAGGAGCUAAAUAAGGCAAAGGCUGAAAUGCAAAAGGCGGACAAUUAAGUCAACCCA